GCAACACGUCAAACCCGACAGGCUUCGAGCAAGCGAGAAACAGACCGUGCCGUUCUCUACUUCCGUGGUACUGUUACUGAUCUGUCACCAAAAUGACUAAGAAGAGGCGUAAUGGAGGACGCUGCAAGCACAACCGCGGCCAUGUGAAAGCCGUCCGCUGCACCAACUGUGCUCGCUGUGUGCCGAAGGAUAAGGCCAUCAAGAAGUUUGUCAUCCGCAACAUUGUGGAGGCUGCCGCUGUCCGGGACAUUUCCGACGCCUCGGUGUACAGCUCAUACGUACUGCCGAAACUGUAUGCUAAGCUGCACUACUGUGUGUCGUGCGCCAUCCACUCGAAGGUCGUACGUAACCGUUCGAAGGAGGCCCGUCGCAUCCGUACGCCACCGCAGCGAUCCUUCCCGAAGGACAUGAACCGACAGCAGAACGCCCAGCGAAAGUAAGCGCCGGUGCGUGAGUUGUGGAGGACAUGCUCUGCUGCUGCUGCUGCUGCUGCUG